GAUAUCACGCAUUGGCGGCGAGCGGUCGUGUUCUCAUUCGCUCCCUACAAUGGUGUCACAGCGUCGUACUGCGAAGAAAGCUAAGGAAGCUGGUGCUGGUAUUAUUGUGGAUUCUACUGCCUCUUCUUCUGAUAUUCUUAGUCAGUCGCUGCCGCAAGCCGAGGGAGAAGGUUUGGAAGGCACAACAUCUCGUUGCAACGCAACAACUUCUUUUACCGAGCAGCUUCGAUCUUGAAUAAACUUCCACCACCAUUCUUAGCUUUAAAUUCAGUGGCUCAAUUGAAAACGGCGUUGAAGAAAGUAG